AUGGCAUUUGUUUCCAUCUUUCUUCUCUCUCUGUCCUUUGCCGUAAUAUGGAGUCCUCUUGUAGUACAAGCCAAGGUCUUUAUGGUUCUGAUGGAGGAAGACCCUGUCGUUUUGCACAAAACCAAGAGUGACGAAGAUGAUGUGGUUUACAAAGAAAAGAUGAGUACUGGGCAUGACAUUUUCUUAGAAUCUCUCAUCCAGACUGGUUCAUACAGCAAACUCUACAGCUACACUCAUUUGAUCAAUGGGUUUGCUAUUGACGUUGCAUCUGAAGAGGUUCUUGAUAGUCUUCAGCUUGCAGAGAGAGUUAGAGCCAUCCAUGAAGAUGUCAAAAUGGAGAAGUUUACUACACACACCCCAGAAUUUCUAGGGAUUCCUGCUGGUGUUUGGCCAACUCUAGGAGGGGCAAAUAGUUCUGGUGAGGGGGUAGUGAUAGGUUUGAUUGACACCGGAAUUAACCCUCACCAUCCAAGUUUUAUAGCCCAGGAGGGUCUGGGUAGAAAUGGUAAAAAAUUCAAGGGGAAAUGCACUACUGGAGAGCUGUUCCCUCCAGCAGCUUGCAGUGGCAAGAUAGCAGGGGCACGAUAUUUUGCACGUGCUGCAGUUGCUGCUGGAGAAUUCAAUGUCACACGUGACUAUGCAUCCCCGUUCGAUGCCGACGGUCAUGGAAGCCAUACAGCCUCAACAGCUGCUGGAAACCACCAAGUUCCUGUAAUAGCCAAUGGAUUCAACUAUGGAUAUGCAAGUGGCAUGGCUCCGGGAGCCAGGAUUGCUGUCUACAAAGCGCUCUGUGCUUUUGGGGGUUACAUGUCAGAUGUUGUAGCUGCUGUUGAGCAGGCAGUUGAAGAUGGAGUUGAUAUACUAAGCCUCUCUAUUGGACCACCUAGCAUCCCUUCUGGCCCCUCUGCUUUCCUUAAUGUGCUAGAACUGGAGCUGUUGUUUGCUACAAAAGCCGGUGUCUUGGUUGUUCAAGCUGCAGGCAAUGGUGGUCCCUCUUCCAGCUCAAUCCUAUCUUUUAGUCCAUGGAUCAUGAGUGUCGCUGCUUCUGUCACUGACCGCAAGUACAGCAACUCCAUCAAGUUGGGCAGUGGACAAAGCUUCACAGGCACCGGCCUUGCACCUCCAACACCAGGUGACCUAAUGUUCCCAAUAGCAGCAGCAGCCAAUGUCUGCCAAAGGAAUGCUGCGGUUGGUUUCCUGGCUGUUGACAGCUGUCAGCAUACACAGCUUUUUAUCCCAUCCUUGGUCAGGGGGAAACUGAUCGUAUGCACCUAUACCUUUGACUUUGAGUUCGGGGCUGCAAGCAUUGCAACAGUUGCAGAAACGAUGCAGAAAGUGGGGGCUGCUGGGUUUAUAAUCACAAUGGAUCCUGACAUUGGUUCUCAGCAAAUUAAGGGCACCACAGUGACCUUGCGAGUCCCUGGCAUUGUCCUAAACAGCAUGGAAGCUUCCUCGUCUCUAUGGGAAUAUUACAACUUGAAUACAAUAAGGAGCAGAAGUGGAAGAGCAGUUGCAUUCACCGCAACAGCGAGGAUUUUGGAUGGAAGGCAAGCAACGUAUGCUGGACAGGCACCUGUUGUGGCAUCAUACUCAUCAAGAGGACCUGAUGUGAACAACGCACUUUUGCAGACAGCAGACAUCCUUAAACCAAAUCUUGUGGCUCCAGGGUCCUUAAUAUGGGCUGCGUGGAGCCCAAACAGUGAAGGAGAUCAAUAUUUCAAAGGGCAAAAUUUCGCACUCUUGUCAGGAACAAGCAUGGCUACCCCACAUGUAGCUGGUGUCGCAGCUUUGAUCAAGCAAAAACACCCCAAGUGGAGUUCCUCCGCUAUCAUAUCAGCAAUGAUGACAACAGCGGAUAUAACUGACCACUCUGGUGCCCCCAUCCUAGCACAAGAAGCAAACAGAAUAGCACCUGCAACCCCAUUUGACUUUGGAGCUGGAUCCAUAAACCCUUCUCGAGCCAUUGACCCUGGACUUGUGUUCAACAUCAAUUUCAGACACUACAUAGAAUUCCUCUGUGCAGUUCCUGGUGUUGAUGAUGACUCUGUGAGACGAGCUGUUGGCAUUGGGUGCCCAACUAAGACCCAGGCAUGGUGCUCAGAUUUGAACACACCAAGCGUAACUGUUUCGAAUUUGGUUGGGUCGAGAGAGGUAAUCCGGUGGGUAACAAAUGUGGCUGGUAAGGCAGAAACUUACCAAGUAAUUGUCAAGGAGCCAUUGGGUGUGACAGUUAAUGUCUUGCCACGAGCUUUUAGAAUAGCUGCAAAUGCUACGAGGCAUAUAAGCCUCAAACUAGAAGCAACUGAGGCAACAAAUGCUUAUACAUUUGGGGAGAUGCUACUAAAAGGAAGUAGGAAGCAUGUAGUUAGAGCUCCUAUAGCAGUUUACGUGAGCAGCAUUUUACGAUCUUGAAUUUUUUCAUUAUAACUAAUAAGAAAUUGAAAUGUUUCUUUU